GUCAGGCGUUCUGUGUUUUGAUGCUUGUACAGCGCUUGGUGUAUGAAGAGUGUUAACGAUGGCUGCCUCCUUAUUAUUGCGGUGGCUGAAGAGACUGUUCCUUUUUGUGUUGAUAUGCCCCCUCUGUGUUCCAGCCUUCUUGAAUUUGGAAGAGUUAAACGAAAUGAAAUACGGGAUUCAAAUUCUGUCUGACCCCGUGAUAUUAGGGCAGACCAAGACAGAGGAAGUAAUGAUGGUGUCUAAUAAAUACAAGCAGCUCUAUGAAUGUCGACUACCAGCCCAGGCUGUCCGCUUUCACCAGGACCCAGCCUCCGAGCCUGACUCUCAGGCCUACACCGGCCCAGACAUCCCAGACCUGCUCAAGCCUAUGCACAAAUCUCCAUGUUUACUAAAGACAAAAGACUGGUGGACAUAUGAGUUUUGCCAUAGUAAACAUAUCCAACAGUACCACCUUGAAGACACAGAAAUCAAUGGGGGUGUUCUUUAUCUGGGAUUUUAUGAGUCUGAAUUUGACUGGAACAAUGAAAUGGCAAAGGCAUCCAAACAGCACAAACUGAAACGUUACCACAGCCAGACUUAUGUUAAUGGAUCAAAGUGUGACCUUAAUGGGGAACCAAGAGAGACUGAAGUCCGGUUUGUGUGCGAAGAAGGCUCAAGCGACUACAUCGCCCGUGUGGAUGAGCCUCAGUCGUGUCGCUACGUGUUGACGGUUCACACCAGUCGCACCUGCCAGCAUCCUCUCCUGCGGCCACCGUCCACUGCCAAGCCGCAGGGUAUUGUGUGCCAGCCAGCACUAAGUGCGCAGCAGUACAUGGAUUACGUCAAAGCUCAAGUCUCGGACACAAAGCGUAAAGUAGAGCAGAUCUCUGAGGAGCUGAAGAGCCUCGAUGAGAUGUUGGCUGGUAACGAAGGGGCAGAAGGAACAGUGAGAGUAACGGCAGAGGAGACGUCGGCUGGACCUCGCGGUGACCCCAGCCCUUCUGAUAGAAAAGAAAUGGCAGAAAUAUCUGAAGAUGCAACAUCAGAAGACACUGAUUUCUGGGAAGGAGUUGAAAGACCAGGAAAAUCAAAGCUUCCGGUUUCUCAUCAGGAUAAUGAGGUCACAGAAAGUGAUUAUGACCCAGCAGCAGACGCCGAUGGUGAUGAAGAAAACUUCAACUUUAAGAUCAUCACCGACCCGGCAGACCUGAUGAAUUUUGUUGAACAUCUGAAGGAAAGCAAUAGGAAGAAAGCACAAAGCCAGGCUAAAAAUAGUGAAGAGAAAUCAACAAGCGACCUACAAACGGAGAAGCUGAGAGGAGAUGAGAAGGAUGAAGAUGAUCAGCUGUUGGAGGAGUUUGAAGAUGAGAUGGCUGACCUCUCUGUGCCUGCUGACAAAAUCGAAGAGAUAAAAGAGGAAAUGCAGAAGGAGUUUGACAACAUCAUAGACGAGGCCCAGCAGGAACUGGAAACCGAAGGUCUGAAAGGGGAGUUUGAUCGGACCCAGGCAACACAAACACUGGAGACAACACUGGAUAAGCUGCUGGAUCAUCUGGAGGAGAAAGAUGUUCAGGACCCACAGCAGCAAACGGUCCAAAGAGGCAGCGACCCGACCAGAGGCAGCCCAAGCCUGGCACCCAAACAGCCAGAACAAGCAGCUGACGACCACGUUAAGAUCAAAAUUACUAAGUAUAAGACGGGCAGCAGCCCUGAUGGGGAGGUCAGAGGUCAGGAGAUGGGCGAAGGAGACCCCCAGUGGCAGCACAUAAAGGACGUGGUUAAAGAGCAGCUAGAGAAGGCAGGACUAAAGGCCGAAGGUAAAAUUGAGGUGAAGAUCUUGACAAGAAAGAAUGCAGAUGAGGCGGGUGACCAGUGGUUGACGGAAGAGGAUACAAAGUCCUUCAGGGAGCUACUCAUAAAUCUGCUGACUGGUGGCACUGAAGAGGUUUACAAAGAGCAAAAGAGGCAACAGGAGUUGGAGAAUAACUAUAGAUUUGUGUGGGGAGAAAACCAGGAGGAUACCCAGUCAUCCAGCACGUCCGACUCGGACGACGUAGACAUUUGAGCUCAUACAACACCCCCAGUACCCCUACUUGGAUGGUAAACUCCUGUGGAAACAAGCAGGGAGAAGGACUACAAUGUGUCGUCACAGAUUUGAUAAACAACUCUCUUCAUUCAAUAAUUGCUGUUAAUCCUGGCAGAUUAUACGGAUCUCAGCUGUUUGCACAUUCAGAAAAUGAGUUUUCUCGUAAAGGCAAUACUUUCAGCAUCUCUAAAGGACGACUUUCAUGCGUUGCACGAAGACACUGCAGCUUGUUAGCUGUGGUUGUAGUUGAAGGACGUUAUGCAUCUUCCCUUUUUGAUGGGAUUCAGUUUUUGUAGAAGGCCAAAGUAGCUGGGUGAGCUAAAGCUAACGUUUCUAGAAUAAUUUUCCAAUUUUGUUAAACAAGCGUGUUCUGAAGCCGCAACCAUGUUUGUGUUGUCUUCGAUGUUGGCUCUGGAGCCCAAACCCGUGAGCGACUCGGAUGGAGAGUUUUUGUGGACAUCAGCUGAAUAUCUGCUUCCAUAACAAGCACUGUCGCCUCUGAAAAACCGAGAACAAAUGCUCAAAGCUUCGCAUUCCAAUUGCAGUUGUUUCUUUUUCUUUUACAUUCUGGCACAUUUUAGUAUGUCGAGCAUCAGAGGUAAACAAAAAUAGAAUAAAUGAUUAUUUGUAACCAAGGUAAUACACUUGGAAUCUUUGAAGUAAUUACACAAACUGAAAACUUAGUUAUGGAGUCUUGUUUUGUUUAAUUUUUUUUUCUAAGCUACAAGGACCUCUACGUGCUUGGAGGUGUCUUUCAAGCAUUUUUAGGGAAAUCUUUAAACUACCUUAAUUUAAUAAAUGAAUGCAGCUUUGAUGUUAACUAGGUUUAGUGUACCAAAUUCACUGAUGCUCACAAAACCCUUCAGUCAUGUACUUAGAGGGGCUGAAUUUGUACAGUUUGUAAAAAAUUUGGCUUAUUGGAGCUAAAGUGUGUACAUAAUUAUUCUGUCUGUCUUUUAUUUGGUUGUAAUUCAGCACAGAUUAAGUGGGAGUUGACCUACCCCAAUAAAUAUGUUUGAGAA